AUGGAGGGUUGUGAUUAUUGGGAAGCUGUCAAGGAAGAUUAUGAGGUGACUCCACUUCCCAACAAUUCAACUAUGAACCAGAUCAAAAUGCACAAGGACAGAACCACCAGUAAGGCUAAAGCAAAGGCUUGGCUUUAUGCUUUGGUUUCACCAUCCAUAUUUAAUAGAAUUAUGGUUUUUGGAUUAGCAAAGGAUAUAUGGGACUACCUCAAAGCUGAGUAUCAAGAAGAUGAGAGGAUCAAGAGCAUGAAGGUGUUGAACUUGAUCAGAGAAUUCGAGAGGCUACAAAUGAAGGAGUUUGAGUCAAUCAAAGAAUACUCGGACAAGCUAAUAGAUAUUGCCAACAAGGUAAGAGUUAUUGGGACUGAUCUCUCUUAUUCUAAACUGGUGCAAAAAAUAUUAGUUUCUAUGCCUGAGAAGUAUGAAGCAACAAUUGUCUCUUUGGAGAACACUAAGGACUUGACUCAGUUGAGAGUAGUGGAGUUGAUUAGUGCUUUACAAGCACAAGAGCAAAUGUGGGUAAUGAGGUGUUGGAGAAAGCCAGAUGUGAAGUGCAGAAGGUGCAACUUGAUGGGGCACAUUGAGAGAUUUUGCAAGGAACCAAGAAAUCAGCAACAAGGUGGAGCACAUGUCGCUCUUAAAGAAGAAGAUGGCCAUCUAUUUGUUGUCUAUUACUUCUCAUCAAGCACUCUAUAUGAAAGUUGGUUAGUUGAUAGUGGUUGCACCAAUCACAUGAAUUGUGAUGAGAAAAUAUUUAAAGACCUUGACGGGUCAUUGAAGUCAAGAGUAAGGAUAGGAAAUGGAGAAUACCUAGAAGUGAAGGGAAAAGACACAAUUGCAAUAGAGAGUUAUGAUGGAACUAAGAUGUUCUCAGAUGUUCUGUUUGUACCUAAGAUUGAUCAAAACUUGCUGAGUGUGGGGAAAUUGAUAAAGAAUGGAUUCAAGGUGAUGUUUGAAGAGGAAAGGUGUCUAAUCAUUGACUCUAGCAGCAAUGAAUUAUUUAGGAUCAAGAUGCAGAAGAAGAGCUUCUCAUUGAAUCCACUCGAGGAGGAGCAAGUCACAUCCAAGUGUCAGCUAGUAAUGACAUCAGAUCAAAUGGACCUUCAUGCUGAGCAAGUUAAGACGAUUAUGAAAUUGAUGAUGCAAUGUAAUGAAAAGAGUUGA